AUGGGGCACCUAUAUGAGCUGCUGGUUUACACAGUGCAGAGAGAUUGUGGAGUUCAACUGUUCUGCAGUGAGCAUCUGGAUAUGAUGAAGAGUUUUCAGCUUUACCAUUUACAACUCCUGUAUCUUCUAAUAGCAGCUUUAUUAGAAUGCGAAGUGGUGACACAGAGACGCUGCAAACAGGUUCAUCACUUGAACAUAAACUGUGUUCAGGGUGACAACAUGUCUAUUUCUUGCCUAACCACAACCCACCCGCUGCAGUCUCUAACAGUGAAACUGCACAGGACCAACCAAGAUAAAAACAUCCUGAUGUAUCCAGACAUCUCUCCAGAACCAGAGCACCAGAGAUGGUCUGUGAGGAAAGAUGCUGGAAAUGUUACACUUGAUCUGAAAGACAUCAGAUUAUCCGAUCAUGGCCUUUAUGACUGUCAGGUCUACAAGAAUCAGGACUGCCUUAAUGUCAUUCGAUUUAACCUAAAAGUCAAAGAAUGUAAAACUUUGGACUCUGUUCAUCCAACACCAGGCUCUUCAGUGUUGCUGCCAUGCUCUGAACAUCCUCUACAAAACAGAACUGAACAAGUCAAUUGGACAGUUGUUAUUGGUCACCAGUCAACAGAUAUAACUCAGUAUCGCCCACCAAACAAGCCCUCAAGCAGCACAGAGAAUCUCCUGAAGCCUCUGUAUGAAAGAGUGAGACAACUAAAAAACGGAUCUCUGCUUAUAACAGAUGUAGUUCACACUGAUGAAUUGUGGUAUCAGUGCAGAGUGAAUGAAAAAACCUGCUAUGAAGUGAAGCUGCUCCUGAAAGAGUGUAAAACUUUAGACUCUGUCCAUCCAACACCAGGCUCUUCAGUGUUGCUGCCAUGCUCUGAACAUCCUCUACAACACAGAACUGAACAAGUCAAUUGGACAGUUGUUAUUGGUCACCAGUCAACAGAUAUAACUCAGUAUCGCCCACCAAACAAGCCCUCAAGCAGCACAGAGAAUCUCCUGAAGCCUCUGUAUGAAAGAGUGAGACAACUAAAAAACGGAUCUCUGCUUAUAACAGAUGUAGUUCACACUGAUGAAUUGUGGUAUCAGUGCAGAGUGAAUGAAAAAACCUGCUAUGAAGUGAAGCUGCUGCUGCUGAAAGUGAUCACAGAUGCUCCAACCCCAGCUGACAGUACGGUUUUUCAGACUGAAGACUACAGUACUGAUGAGAGUGAAACAGUGACAACUGAAACAGUGACAGUUAAUCUGACAGUGGUGGUGAUGAUCACAAUAGUGUCUCUGUGUGUCCUCAUAUCACUGACCGUUCUUUAUUUCAAACAACCAAGACCAGAAUUUGACAACCAAAUUGAAUCAAACUGCCAGACUAUCGUAUAUUAUUCUAAAGUUUCAGGAGGGUUGGAUGUCCCGUUGUAUUCUUUAGUUCAACGUAACACAAACCAUGACCACCUCUAGUGUGAAGAAACUGAAGCUUCUGCAUGUAAUCCAGACCACAU